UCCAGUCGAAGGAACUAUGUUGUAAUUUAUUUGCAGAGACAUGAAUGGGUGUACGYAUAAUAUUGCGUCCUUCAAAAGACGAUAAAAUGUGACUAAACCAGUCCCAAUUUUAGCGAUACUUUACAAGGCUACUAAACGUAGAGGAAAAUGGCUAAUCCACCGUCUCGAUUGGCAUUUAACUGCUAUAAACAAGCUCUAGUAGCCCUCAAUGUCAUGUAUUUGGUUGUUGGGCUUGUUCUCAUUACUGUUCCACUUUACACAAAGGUUGUUGCAAUCUUUACCAGCUGGUCCAUCAUUGGUGGAGUUAUAACUUGUGGUGUCUUUAUUCUGCUCUUGGCACUGGCAGGAUUAUUUGGAACAUGUCGGCACCACCAAAUAAUUCUAUUUUUUUAUAUGAUUAUACUUGUCAUAAUCUUUAUAAUCUUGUUCUCAAUAUCCAUUGGGGCAUUGUCCAUAAGUAAAUCACAAGAAUGCAAAAUAUUGGAAGAUGGCUGGAGUCACCUAAGCAUGACAACCAAGUCAGAAAUUCAACGUAAUGGUCAGUGCUGUGGCUUUGAAAACAAGACUCAGACAACUGGACCUUUUGGACAUCCUCCAUGCAAUGAUAUAAGCGGUUGUAAAAACUCAACAUCAUCACCAGACUGCAAGACUUGCUUGGGGUUCAUAAGGUCUAAAGGUCUUGAUCAGUUAAAAAAAUCUGUUGGUGGAGUUGGACUUUUUUUUAGUUUUACAUUGUUUGUUGGAGUAUAUCUGGCUUUCAAGUUUAGACAUCUCAAAGAUCCCAGAGCCAAUCCUGGGGCAUUUUUGUAGUAUACAUUGUUUCUUAGACCAAGGGAUUACAAAGUACAGCCUGAAUAUCAUCACCAGCUAUGUUUACUUUUCACUUACAUCUGGCUUUCAAGAGGUUGAACCCUUUUUAUGGGUAAUUUUUGGCUACAUGCCUUCCUUGGACUGGGAAUGAAAAGAGUGAUUGUAUUAGGUAUAUUAUGAUCUGAAAAUUUGAAAGUAUUACCACGUAGCCCAAGCACUGUUUGUGGUAGCUAUCUAUAAAAUAAAAGUAGAUGUUAUUCUUACAAGAUAUGUUCUAUAUAAACCAAUUUCUCUAGUUUUUUUGGUAGUUGAGUAUAUGAAAUUUUAGUAUAAUGAUACAUUUGCUCCAGAAAUGAGAAAGCUUAUGGAGGUGUAUCCAGGAUUUUGGCGGGGGGAGAGAGAGAGAGAGAGGGGGGGGAUCCGAACCGUCAAUAUUAAGCAGUUGGCACUCACGGUUUGUAUGGAACCCCUUUAGAUUGGCCCUUGAAGCUUUCUACUGACUUUUACCAUAGUUAAUAGAGGGGAAUGGUUAUGAAACCUAUUGUUAUAUGUCUUUGUUCGCUUUUGAUGUUGAACCGGUCUUGACUGUGCACAAUGUUUGAUUUAUUCGAAAUUGCAAAAUAAGUAAACAUAAACUUUGUCUAUGGGAUUGUUGCAAGGAAUAUUUAGAUAUCUCUUAUAAAUCUUUAAGUAUUUUGAACUAACAGCCACAAGAUAGAUUUUUGUCUGUUCACUCAGCUAUUGCCAACAAUGGUAAAACAAUGGUAAAACAAAGGAUUGUGCACUGUCACACUUGAAAAAAGUGAACAAAGACAUAUAACAAUAGAUUUCAUAACUAUUCCCCUCGAUUAACUAUGCUUUUACUCACUUUAAGUGACUUUGAAGGGUUUAAUUUAGUUGUUAUGUUGCAAGAUGUCCUUACAAAUUUACUGUUUAGGUUUAUUCAUAAUGGGAAGAAAAGAAGAAGAAAAAAACUUGAAGCUAGUAAAGUUUUUUUAUACAAUAACGAGACAGUUUUUCACUGAUUUUACCCAAGACUUAUUUUGAUGAUUAUAUUUCUAGAAGUUGUCAUGAUUUGCUGAAAACUUUACUCACAGGAAAAAGAAAGGAAAAAAAAUCUAAAAUAAGUUAAAGUUGGCAACAUUAUUAUGCAAUAUUUGAAAUGCUUUGUAUUGAUUUUUAGUCAGUAAAUAAUGAAAUUCAAUUAUUUUGCUAGACGUUCUCAUAAUUUACUGUACUUCUAAAUUUUAUUCAUCGCGAAAAAGAAGAAUGAUAUUAUGAUCCAAGCCACAUUUUAGCUUCUAUAUUCCACUUACUGUCGUUCUACUCUAAGUUACAUGUAUUAAAAGUCUAUAAAAGCGAUUCAAGGAGAUGAUGACAGAGAAAGAAAAAAUAAGAGUAUAUUAACAAUAAGAGUAUAUUAAAUAAAAAAUAAGAUUUAAAAAAGUGGAGCGGUUAGAGUAGAAUGACAGUAAAAUAAAUUCUUAUGAUUUACACUGUUGACUCUUAUUCAUCUUGUACCAGAAGAGAGAUUAUUAAGAAAGUAACRAAAAKCUAUUCUUGGUUUGCAAUCAAUCCCAAGAGAGUACAAUAACRAAAGRGAUGUCCGCCAUGUUGGAAGAUAUAMCAAAAKAAUUCAUUGAAAAAUCUUAUGUCAAAUUCUUCCAACAUGGCGGCUAUGACGUCUAUUKCAAACGAAGAAUUCGUUACUUGUUUUACCAAAUUGUAAGAAGUGUUGUGAUGAUGUGUUAAAUUUCAUAAAAAUAAAAAGGAAUUUGAUUAAA